UACCAUUCAUUCACCCACUCCUACCACCUUCUGGUAUCUAGUCCACCUCACGGUUUGCACUUAGUACCCCCCACCCUCUCCUUACCGACAGAAACAAGAGGGAAAGAUCCAGCGGGAGAAGCAGAGAGAACCGUGACCGACCGGAUCCCUAGAUCUACUCCGGAUCCAUGGCGUCCAUCCUGGUCCUGGUCAUCGUCUUCGUCUUCGAUCUCAUCGCCUUCGGCCUCGCCGUCGCCGCCGAACAGCGCCGGAGCACGGCGAUCGUGGUGCCGGACUCGGAGAAGAACUACACCUACUGCGUCUAUGACUCGGACAUCUCCACCGGCUACGGCGUGGGGGCGUUGCUCUUCCUCCUGGUGAGCCAGAUCAUCGUAAUGGUGGUGAGCAAGUGCUUCUGCUUUGGCCGCUCCCUCCGCCCCGGCGGCCCCCGCGCCUGCUCCCUCCUCCUCUUCAUCGCCUGCUGGUUGACGUUUAUAAUAGCGGAGGCGUGUUUGCUGGCCGGGUCGGUGCGGAACGCGUACCACACCCGGUACCGGACGUUGUUCGUGAACGACCCGCCGUCGUGCCAGACGGUGAGGAAGGGAGUCUUCGCCGCCGGCGCCGCCUUCGUUUUCUUCACGGCGAUCCUCUCAGAGCUCUACUACGUUGCCUUCUCCAAGGCCAACUCACAAUACGACAAGGAGUCCUCCAUUGGAAUGAGCCCCUACAGCUAGAUAUCGAGGUCGAUCACUCUUUAGAUGGAGACUUGUUUUGCAGCAGUGUUUCUCUAUUUCGUUAUUGUUAUUGGCUAUUGAUCUUUAGCUCUUUCUUGGUGGGUACAGAACAUUACGUUGUGGGCUACUACUCAUGGAAUGUUGAUCGAAUUUUUUGUUGUUUCUUUUUAUAUAAUAUCAGCUUGAUGAUUCUGGGUGA